AUGGAUAAGAAUACCAAAGAUAGACAGAGGCUAGACUAUUAUAAAACCUUCGUAGAGCUCCUUAAAAGAGUUUGUAAAAUAUUCCCUAUUGUAAAAAAAGGCGUAGAUCGAAGUAUAUUCCCUUUCUGUGCAUCUUCAAUAGAAGAGUUCCAGAGGUGGAAUAUUGGCAAACAACGAGCAUCAGAGUGGAGGCGUGCUGGUAUGGUACGAACAGCAAUUUUAAAUCUUCUUAAUGAAAAAAUCAGCUCGCAUUUGAAUGUUGAUACUGUUUGGUCCAGAAAAGCUAUAAUGUCGUGGUGUAGGAAAAAUGGUUUUGUUCCAAUGACUUCAGAAAAGAUGACUCUUUUGCCAGAACCUAAGUGGUCAGGUAUUGAAUUAUGUUCUGUUACCAGUGCUGAUGACCUUCUUUCUACGCUGAAAGAAGAAAAUAACUCUAAGCUAGUCUCAAGUGAUGAUGAAGAAAUUGAAAUUGUGGAAGUGGUUAAUAAAGCAAAGCAAGUGUUAAAUAAUCAAACUCAGCUGCAAGCUUCACAUUUACCUCAUUUGAAUGAAGCAGCAAUAUAUGUGAAAGAAGUAGCAUCACAGAUAAAUGUUAACUUAAAGCCGAUUGAAAUUGAACCCUGUAUAUAUGCUCCUGCAAUUGAAGAAAUGAUACUUGCUGCUUGUAAAGUAUUGGCAAGUGACUUGAUAGGGUCAGCUGUAAAUGAAGGUUUCAAUAGACUGGGUGGAAAAUUGUGCCCUGAAGAAAUAACUGUAUCUGAUGUGUAUUCAACAAUUAUGAAAACUCCACAAUUUGACUUCUUAACGAAUAGCUAUUUAGGAGUUCCUAAAGAUUUCCAGAAUGACACUUGACAAACAUUUGCUAUCUUGUACAGUGAGACAAAAGCAUUUUAAUGUCUUAAAUUAAUGAAUUUACUUCACUUUUUAAAACAUAUAUUGUGGUGCAUUUCUUGAUAUUUAAAAGACAAAAAAGUACAAAGUCAACAUAAUAAUAUUCUAUUUUCUAUUUUUAAAAUCAGAGUAAUCUUAACUCAUGUUGACAGACUUUUAGAAUCUGAGUAUUGGUAGAUUUUUUAAAUGAUCUGUGAAGCAUUUAUAUUUUCUUUCCUUUUAAAAUUAAAAGAAGAGUUGGCCAAAUCUCUUCUUAAGUUUUUAUUUAUUAUUACCCCUCUAGCUUAAUAACAUUUUCUGGUCACAAACGUUUUCUCCCCAUCAUGCUUAUUACAUUGUUCCAUACAAUAUUUUACUGUUAUUGUAAUAUUUGAAAAUAAUUUUUAAUUAUCUGUGAAUAAUUGAAAUAAAUUAUAAAGUAAAAUGUUUGGCAAAACAAUGUAAUCAAGCCCAUGGAAGAAACUAUAUUUUUAAAGUGUAUCAUUCAUUGUAUAUAUUUAACAUUUAAAGCAAAUCAUUGUGAAUAUUUUCAUCAAAGGUGGAUGUUCAAGCAUACAUUUUAAUAGAGGAUAAUUUUUGUUUAGUUAAUUUUAUUCUUUAUAUAUGUGCUGAUCAGAAUAGUCUUUCCCCCGCCCAAGAACCUCAAAAGUUUUUAGAAAAUAGGCGAUUUUGAUUAAUAUGCUUUACAUUUUUAAACAGUCAUUGUUAUAAUUUAUAUGAAAUUUCUAUUUAGAAUGAUUAGCUGUCUCAAAAUUUGUUCCACUGGAGAAUUUUUCUUAUUCUUUUAAAGGCAUUAUUAAAAAAAUGCAGCAGCCUAUUAUAAAUGUAGAAAAUUUAAAUAAUCAGAAAAAAGAAAAGUUAUAUAAAUAAAUAUCUAAUACUUACAUAAUAGUACUUAAUUAUCUGAGUAAAUUGUAUUGAAUAGAGAUAAAUGAAUGGUUCGUUCUCCAAUAUUAACACACAAGAAUUAAGUAACUGUUCCUUUCCCUUGUGGUUAAUGUAAGAUGAUAUUUUAGCAUCUCGUAUAAUAAUAUAAACUUUCUUUCUAAAUAUUUUUCCUGCAGGUUUUUUUUUUUUUUUUUUUUUUUUUUUUUAGUAUUUUGAUGAGAAAAUUAAGGAAAUGUAAAUAUAUUUUG